AUGGAGGAGGCAGUAGCGACUCAGCGUCGCGGUGUCAAGCGAGAACGGACGGUGCGACGGCAGCGUGUGCUGCGCUUGGCGGUGCCGACGCGUCUGCUUCCCACGCUCAAACGAAGCGUUAUAGAACAGCUUCAUUCUCAGAACGGGAGUAUGAAGUACGACGGCAAUAAAAUCGAGGAUCUCAUCUUGCGUGCACUAUGUGACUUUGCAACGUUUGCGGGGAUACCGCCCGCGCACCGGCUGGCGGCUCUCGAACGAGCGCUCCCGCGUCACAUUGCCCAGAGCCCCCGGUACCGCAGCUCCUUUUGCGCUGCCUGGCACUUUUCAGCAUCUACUGGUGCUCAAGACGAAAAUGAUCAAGAUGGCACUCUAUCGAGUGAGCUUGCCGCUCUUCGAGCACUGAUUCUAGAAACCCUUUCGGAACGCGAAGAGCAGCAGCGGUCUCAACGAUCAGCAUCCAGUGAUUGCUCGAAGGCAAUCCCCGAAACGCCUCCGUAUGCUACCUCAGCGUGCGAUGUCGCGUCAACGCAAGCAACUGUCGAAACGUUGCGACAGUCAGGUUGUCGAAUCACACGCAGUGUCCAGGCAUGGCUGACGACUGCGGCAACCACAACAGCACAGCAGGGCCCUGCAACCGAUGCAGCACCGAGUCGCAUGCAACCAGUAGCACUGAACGCGCACACGACAACCUCAGACACAGGGCAAUGCUGCGGAACUGUGCAGCAGCUCCACCAUCAACGUCAAGGCACAGCGCGUAUUCGAACGCGCUGUGGCAGCUCGUCAGCCAUUCCGACGAGGGUGCCACUGAGUCUCGCUCCGAUGCUCUUACGUUUCCUCGAAUUGCAGCUGCCUGAGGCAGUGGAAUAUCACCUCCAGGACCUCCUCCUAACUGAAUUACUCCGAAUUGACCGAGUGCAAUAUGUGUACCUGCCGGGGCGAGGCCUCGAUACGAGCCGUGGGAGCAUACGCGCUUCGUCGCACGCAGCGGGUACAGAGCGGCAGGCAUCGUCGUCGUGUACGCGUCGAGCCGCGCCCCAGACCCGCACCGAUACCGAGUGUCCGUACGAGCGGGUGCGCUCAGCUCGUAUCACGGAGCAUCGAGCGCUACUUGCCGCACUGGGACUCGGUCGAUCUGUGGCGGGUACAGUUACGCCGACGUCGAAGAAGCGCGAGGAGGCGACAUCGAUGAUCCAGUGCAAGGAGAUGCGGCACGAGCGCUUAUUGCCACGCAAUGCAGACACCAUGUCUAGGAAGCAGAGCUCGCCGCUGACGUUUGCCGAAUAUGUGCGAAGAGCAGACCCAGCAACGAGUGCUUGGAUGGGUGCGCUCGACCCGCUCUGGAUACAGGCUGCGGAGCAGGUUGUUGCGGCGUGUCUGGUACGUGCACGCGACCCGAACGCUUGCUCCGAGGGCGCAGCGCCCGCCUGGAGCACAGCGUACAUGCAGCGCUCCAUCUGGGAACGCAAUGAUUCCACUCAGUAUCGCAAGCAUGUCCAAAGGAUCAGUGAACGUUAUCUCCUGGAAUUGGAUAGUGCUGAAAAUCGACGGAAACGCGGCUUCCGGAAUCAUCCCACGGUAUAUGCGGCAGCUCGCCGAAACGCGCAGCCCGGGACGCUGUCCGCUGAUGCCUGCCUCGCCCGGCUGACGACAGCUACGCUUGGAGCGCGCUCAACUUGCGGCUCGACAUUGACGGAGGAGAAGGAGACGACGAUGACGACGGCUCUGCAGCGCCGCGGCAGCGUCGAGGAAGCGUAUCUCUGGACAGAGGCGGACUACGAUGCGUUCUUUACGGCAUGGAGGCGCUUCGGGAACAGCGUUCAUGCCAACAGAAAAAUCGCGCAGGCGAUGAAUGAAGCGUACUGGGCGCGAGUUCCGACGCGUAAGCGGCACGCUUUAACCCUGAAAACACGGCAAGGAAUCGGGGGUCGAGUUACGUUCCUGCCGACUCAUAUUGUCUAUCAAAAGCGAUUGCAUCGGGGGUGGUUGGAAAUGCAUCGCUCGGAAAACGAACUCAAGUUGGAGCAACUGAUGCCGGCACCGCACCAGACGCGCUGUGGUCUGUGCCGGCGUGACGCGUCGCACGACGACAGCACCCAGACCGGGGCCCUGAUUGGACCCUUCUGGGAGAUGCUUCCUGAUGCACCAUCCACUCCGGUGUGGAUGCAUAGGGAGUGCCUUCUGUGGACACCCGAAGUCUUUGAAACCUGUGAAGGCACCAUGAUGAAUGUGCGGCGGACGUUUCGACGGGCGAUACGUAUCCGCUGUGCCUACUGCGGACGCACCGGCGCUGCAACCGGCUGUUUCCUGCGCUAUUGUCGACGAAGUUAUCAUGCGCCGGUUUGUGCAGUGGCGGCGGGCUGUAGUCUCGACCACCGUCAUUAUCGUCUGCUAUGUAUGCAGCACACGCAAGUCUAUGCAAAAAUAUCAGCAAAGGGUGCGGCUUUAUUCUGGGAGAGUCUGGAACAAGAAGGCAUCUCCAGCGUCAAGUAG